AUGCGCUGGUCCUCCCGGAUCCUGGCCCUGGCCGUUACAGGUGCACUUGGAGCAAGCGCCUUUGAUGCCUCUCUCUUCACCUUCCACCUUCAGGAUGGACAAGAGGCCGUCUCGGAAGAUGUCGCCCACUUGAUUUUGGAGCUCCGGACCAAGUCCUCUCUCGCAGCGGUGCUGGGCAAGAUGGAAACAGAGACCGCGGAUCAGUUGAAUCAGUUUGUCCAGUCCGAUGGUACGCUAUUUGGAGGCGCCGAUGACCAUGACGCCCCCAAGAGAAGCUUGGUGCUGCUCGAGGGGAUCGAUGGGCAAGUGGGUUCGGCGAUCCAAAAGAGCCAACCAAGCUAUAUCCGCGUACCUCAUGCUUCCUCCGAUUUCAUGAACAGCGAUGCUCUGGAGUCAUUCCUCGGAAGUGAUGGGACCGCAAUCAAUGGCAAACAUUGCACCUACCACAGUACGGCCGGUCUGCCAAUGACCUCUGAGAAUGCCAAAAAAUGCGUAUCCGAAGACCCCAUUCUCUCCUCCGGGGGGGACUUGCUCGGCCACGACUUUCUCAGACUCAUUGAUUCGGUGGAAACCUGGACCCCUAACGGCCCCGGACUGUCGGCUUCGAGAAUACUACUGAAGUCCCAAAGUUCUUCGGGUGAUUCUGAGCGCGUCGCCAACUCUUUGGAGUCCUUCUUCCACACUUUAACCAAAUUAUCUUCUUCCGGCAAACAGGAGAUAACCGCCCUGAUUCUACCGCGCCGCAAUGACUCGGAACACAAGCUGGCCCGCCGGGGCAUCUCAAACAUGCUCUCUCGAGCCCCGAACCCGAUUCAACCCAGAGCAGUUAGAAGGUCGGCCCAAGACUUGUCGGUGCCGUCCACACUCACCCCCGUGUGCCAUGCCUCCAACUCGUCCUGUGUUGAAGCAACGAAUAAUUGCUCGGGUCACGGCCACUGCUAUAAAAAAUCCGGAUCAGGCAAUUCAGGAGCCGGGGACAGCUGCUAUGCCUGCCGAUGCACAGAAACAGUGGUGAAGAAAGACGAUGGCACGACCGAGACCAUCCAAUGGGGUGGGUCAGCUUGUCAGAAGAGGGAUAUCAGCUCGCCCUUCUUCCUGAUCGCUGGGGUCAGCAUUUUGGUUGUGGCAAUGGUCAGCAGCGCGAUCGGGAUGCUGUUCAGUGUGGGCCAGCAGGAGCUGCCGAGCGUGAUCGGGGCAGGUGUGGGCGGCACCAAGGCCCCAAUGUAA